ACUGACGCACGCAUGGCCACGAGAGGGCGGGGGAGGAGUGAAGAGGUUGAGGCGCCCCGCCCAGUCAGCAGGGUUGCGCGUGCCCUGUGAGACCGCCAAGAUGGUGGUGGGCGCGUUCCCUAUGGCGAAGCUGCUAUACUUGGGCAUCCGGCAGGUCAGCAAGCCGCUUGCCAACCGCAUUAAGGAGGCCGCCCGCCGAAGCGAGUUCUUCAAGACCUAUAUCUGCCUCCCGCCGGCUCAACUGUACCACUGGCUGGAGAUGCGGGCCAAAAUGCGCAUCAUGGGCUUCAAUGCCGCUGCCGUCAAGCCGCUGAACGAGGGGGCAGCCGCCGAGCUGGGUGCGGAGCUGCUGGGCGAGGGCAUCAUCUUCAUCACCGCCUGCAGCUGCCUGAUGCUGGAGUACUGGCGCCACCAGUUGAAGCAGCGCCGCAAGGAAAAGGAGCGACGCAUUGCCAGGGAGUCGCUGCGGGGCGAGGUGGGCCACUUGGGGCUGGCGCUCGAGGAGCUGCAGACGCAGGUGCAGGCCACGCAGAUGCAGCUUGCCCUGGAGGAGCUGCGUGCUCAGCUGCAAGAGGUGCGAGCCCACCUCUGCCUCGGAGACCCGCCGCCUGCGCCCCCAGUUGUGCCGGCGUCGGAGAAAUAGGAGGUCUCGGGGCCCUGGUCUUGGAGGUGACUACUGCCUGGACUGAGAAGUCUCCAUCUUGGCCUGUUCUCCGCACUGUCCCAUCCUGGACCGGCCCAGCUGACACCACCCAGUCCUUCCAGGGCGCCGGAGAGAUCCUGGGCUGAAGCCGACCCAACCUCCCUACUAAACUGCCCCAGCGGUACCUUCCACUGGGACUCCCCGCCUCCUGCAGGUGGAACGUUCCAAGAAGGACCCCGCCCUCUCCUACCCCGCCCCUGCCAGCGCAUUGGUUGAGCACUUUGGAGAGACAGCAUCUUUUAUCAGACCCCACCUCCAUCCGGAUAGGUAGGCCAGCAGGACGUCUACCACUUUUGGCAAAAGAAAAUUGGAUUCUGCACCUGGAUUUAGCCACCUCUCAUUUUGUCACCCGCACCCUCCCUCACUUGAGUGGAGCCUUCCCCUAGGACGCUCAUCUUUUGCACCAAACACACCCUACCUCCACCUCAUUGGUACAGACCAUUGUAAAGAUGCACAAAGUUCGUAACGGACUUCCCGACUCGCCCCCUUCCAUCUACCUCAGUCUUAGGGGGAAGGGAGGUGGGGGUGAAUCCUGCACAGUGUUAGCUCCAAUGAGUCACCACCCUGUGGCUCCUGACCUUAAUCCAUCUUAGUACCUGCCAUUGGCAUCCUCCCCUCCCUGAGUGGAUCGAUCCAACAGAACCCCCCUCUUCUUCCACCUAUGGCGCACCCUACUGGCAUGGCUAUGCUGGGUCUUCCAGGGCGAUGCCUCCCAGCCUGGCAUUCUGUAGUCUGUUCCAGCAGGACGUGGCCUUUUGGGAAGAAAAACCCAUCUUGACCAGGGCUAGUCCAUUCUAGCCCACGAGUCCCCAGUCCUGGACCUACUGCUACUGUCCUUUUAUCUGGUCAUCCCUCGCUGUCCUCUUCAGUUGCCUUUGCUGGGGACCGGCCUGUCCCUCUACUACCUAAGUCAUCGUCAGUUCGCCCAACUUCCCUCCAAAUCUGCCCCUCAGAGUACUCAAGGAUCGCCCUUUCUUCCUGCCUUUGGACUGGCCCAGGUCUCCCUCCGCCCUCCUUCAUGCAAAGGCCUCCUCCAGGGGGACUACCCGUCCCUCAGCCCUGAGGUCCCCCUGUCCAAGCAGGGUAUUCCACCAGGCCAUAUGACCUACCCACCCGACAACUGAAGGGGGCGUGGGUGAGCUCUGUGACUCUGAAUGCUACUUUUUAAACAGACUGUCCGCGUGUUAUAAUUAAAGGUGCUCUGGGGUAAAGAUCUUAAGAAUGUGUCUGAGAACCAUGAUGUGCGUCUGCAAAAUGUCAUCGAAAUUAGGAAAGAAGGUCGGACACAGUUGCUCACGCCUGCAAUUCUAGCACUUUAGGAGGCCAAAGCAGGAGGACUGCUCGAGGCCAGGAGACCAGUCUGGGCAACAUAGCAAGACCACAUCUCUACGAAAAACAAAAAUAUUAGCUGGGCGUCGUAGCAAGCGCCUGUAGUCCCAGCUACUUCGGAGGCUGAGGCAGGAGGAUCCCUUGAGCCCAGGAAUUCAAGGCUGCAGUGAGCUGUGAUCCUGCCACUACACUCUAGCCUGGGUGAAAGAGCAAGACCCCAAUACAUUUAAAAAAAAAAAAAAAAGGAAAGAAGCUGGGAAAGUGGUAGAGUAGAGGCAGAGAAUCAUCUUAUGAGCCCUUUCCCAAAUCAGAAACUGAGGCCUGGGGUAAGCAAAUGGACUUGCCCAAAGCCACACAAAGUGAGGCUGCUUCUGCCCCUCCUCCCGCCAGGGUGGUGAAGGGCAGGGUGGGAUGGGGAGGAAAUGGCCUCCUAAGGGGCAUGAGGAGGGAGGCUGGAGGGGCCAGAGAUGUGGCUGCGGGCCUGAGGAUGUGGGAGCAGGUACAAUGUGCAGGAUGGGAAGGAAGAUGAGGGGAAGGUGGAUUCCUGGUCGGAGGCGGGGGUUCUCAGCAGAGGACCAAAUCUUCCUGGAGGGGCAUCGGGGCCGAGCACGCCUCCAUCCCCAUCAGAACAGCCCUUCAAAUCACUCCAGAGAUCUUAGCAUUUAUAAAAACUGGCAGAUUUAUUCUGCAGGGGCCCAUUUUCAAGAAGCUAAAGGUGAAGGUGAGAGGGGAGAAGUUUCCUCCCCUUUUCCUUUCUCCCUCAUCUUAUUUUCUCCAAGGGGUAAAAAUAUGACCUGGACCCCAAAACCUACCCAAAUAAAAAAUCAAAAAACUGAGGUUCCAAAAAGUUACAGCAUCUUAAUUCCUCAUAGAAAAGGGGGAGGAGCCAGAGAGAAGGGGACUCCCUGGGGUGGGGGGAGGCACCCCCAGCCCGGUGAGACAUCACCUCCCCUUAAAUAGCUGCCCCAAAUGGGGCAAGCCCGGGGCUA